AUGCUUGAAGAAUACCUUACAAACUCAGAUGGAUUAGUGACUGGGAAUGGAACAUGGACAUACAAGAUUCCGACACUUGAUACCAUACCCAAAGAGUUCAAUGUUGAGGUACUUAACAGUGGACAUCAUCAAAAACGUAUUCUCUCCUCUAAAGCUUCUGGUGAGCCACCAUUACUUCUGGCAGUUUCAGUUUACUGUGCCACAAGAGCAGCCAUUGAAGAAGCCAGAAAACAACUUUUUUGUUGGAAUGGAUUAGAUGGGUCUUAUUCCAGAUUCCAGCUAGAGGUCCCUGCCAUCAUGCCCACUGUGAAGGAACAAUGUGGGCUGAACAAUGUGGAGAGGUACCUCCAAAGCUUGCUCUCCCGUUGA